CUUAUUGUCAAGUAGGACAACAAAACAUAAAACAUUGCUAAAAUUCUUUACCUAGCGGUACAAGAAGUUUUUCUACUAAGACUAAAAAUGAGCCAUCAACUCGGUCGUGCGGUUUCACAAAUUCUGGAAAGAUACCUCGGUGAAGUAGUACAGAAAGUGGGUGACUAUUUGUUCAAGUAUGGAGCUCAACCGAUCGGAAUGAUUGUUAGAAAUACUAAAUUACCUGGAACUCAGGUUAUAGAAAGCUUAAGGUCGCUUUUGAAGUUUGACUUCGCAACGUUUGAAGUGUCGGACCGUGGUGUAAAUUACAAAUUACUGCCAGACAAUGUUAUGCUUCUAAUCAGAUACCCUAGAUAUCUACUACAAAUUAAAGGCAAAUAUGGAAGUGAUGCUGAAAUUAUUGUUGAGGAGUUACUGCAGCAGGCCUCAUGCACGGCGACAGUGCUGCUAGUCACGAUAGCAAACAAAUACAAAGAAGAUAAAGAGAAAAAUAUAUCAUUAGUUAAACUUAAGGACACAUUUAUUAGUCUUGCUACUGCAGCAUACAUACAGCAGGCUCCAGUAGCGGAAUUAAAGGAGGGCAGCGACAUCCCAACAUUAGUACCCGUAGCCACUAUUGUACCAGAUAUAGAUGUUAGAGACCUCAUACAAGCCAUGAACAACUUAGCAGAGUCAAAGGAUAAUAUAUACUGGAGAGUAAACUUUGAUAGAUUUGACUUGGAUUUUCGAGAUGAUAUCAUGAUAAAAGCAAUUACAAGGAGAAUAGAUGAAAAUGCGGGCGAGGUGAUGCGGUUGCUGUUGGAACAGAUGUACCUGUCGUCGUCCCCGUGGGCGCCGGAGUCGACCCCCACGCCGGUGGUGGACCUGCGGGACCGGGCGCGGACGGUGCCCGACAGACCGCUGCUGCAGCAGUACCUCGACCAAUAUCUUAAAGUUAUAGAGGAGAACGGUGCGGGUUUCGUGGUGCGUGCGGGGGAUGCGGGGGGCGGGCGGGUGAGCGUGCGGGGCCGCGCCGCCGCCGCCGCGCUGCUGCGGGCGCUGCUCGACCAUCUCGUCACAGAGCGACUCGGAUCUAACGCCGCUAGGAUAUUCCGGUUGAUUCUCACAAGGAAAUACGUUGAGGAGGAGGACAUACAGAAAUAUGCGAUGUUGCCGAACAAGGAGUGUAAGGAGUUGACGUACAAACUGCUCGAACAACAUUUCAUCAGCAUCCAGCCGAUGCGGAAGGCGGCGUCGGCGGGGGGCAUGGCCAAAGCCAUAUAUUUAUAUCACGUCAAAUUGAAUGAGGUGGCGCACUUGGCGCGUGACAUGUGUCUGAAGGCGCUGCACAACACGUCGCGAUCGGCGGGCCAGCUGCGGCGGUCGCACGUGCGCCUGCUCGACAAGCAGCGGCGAGUGCGCUCCAUCGUGCACGGCAUGCAGGUGCGCGGGGAGCCGCAGCAGAAUAUCGACGAUGUGCUAGAAACUUUAACUCCACCUGAAAUGGCAUUACUACAGGGCAUCGAGAAACAACUGAAAAAGCUCAGCGUAGCGGAACUAGAACUUGACAAAUCACUGUUUAUUAUCAAUUGGUACUUUAUGUAUCCAGAGUAAACAAUAAAGUAUGUAUUUUGUUA